AUGAAUAGGGCGGUCAGUCGCGCUAUUCGCUACUGCCUACGUGAGCGCACAUCCCGCUUCCUUGAACAGACAACCAGCCUCGGCUGCGUCGACCGCCUGCACAAUUACUUCGCCCUCUGCGCCUCUACCUGUCGCCUGCUGUUCGAUCUGGCCCAAGCCCCUGGUGCCUCUCAGUCUGCUAAAGAAGUUGUACCAGAGGGACAUGCUGAUCUUGGCGCACUACCGGAGCUUAUUGUAGACAACGUUGUUGAGUUAAUAAGCUAUCUAAGGCGCCUGAAUGACGACUUCAUAGAGUCGUCCGACGCAGCUGAUGUUCCCCUCCAGCCCUUUCUGCAAUUUUGCGUUGUUUACAUGACGGACCUGAAUGUUCUCUCGAAUCCACAUCUUCGGGCCCGCCUUGGCGAAGUGCUCGAGACACUGAUACCUCAACGAUAUGAAGAAAAUUGGAACAGCCAACGAGCGAGCUCUGGCUUCGGUAUCAUUCCUGCCCACUCUUUCGUCCGUCGGGAGCAGCUUCUCUCUGGCGAUAAUGGCAGUGAACAACUCAGUCACGUGGUGACAGCCCUGCUCACUGCAUUCGUCUCCAUUGAGUUGGCCCCCGGUGUCGACUCUAACACCUCCGAUCUUCCAAGCGUCACAGCUUCGGCGUCGGGUCCAGCCUCCCCCGGUGCACAACAAGCUGCCCCUUCUUCAGAAGCCAUGGAGACGGCCACUGUGAGCUUCGAGGAGAAGUUCCACUACCGAAGACCCAUGUAUGCCUGUCUGCGAUACUGGCAUGGCAAACCCUUCUAUGACGAGCAAUUUAAGGUGAACUUCCCCUCUUCAAAAACAAGCGGACACCUACUUACGUACACUAAGUAA